UAGUCUCUAGAGAGAGAAAAAAAAGGAGAUUUUCAAAUUCACGCCUUUAUCACUCUAACCAGUUGAAUGAGAGUGUAAAACAAAAAUUAAUUCAAUUUCUCUAUUUUUUUUUAUUUGGAAGGAAAUUCAAUUUCUCUAUUUGAAAAAAGUGAUAUUAUUUAUUAUUAUUUUGUGCGUUGCCGAAAUCUACCAUACCAAACAAAAGCUUUGGCCUUGAACCAAUUUCUGUCACGUUUCGUCAACUGCCCGUCUUCUUCCUCUUUGUAUCUAACUCCCUUCCCUUAAACCAGAAAUUUAUCUAAUUUUCUCCAACCCUGUAGACUUCAAAAAUUUCCCCCAAAUUUUAGGAUUUCUUUCUCUGCUAAGAAACCCUAAUCUUGUUGCUUUCUUCUAUUUCAAGGAAACUUCAGAACCAGAUGCAGUGAUAUAGCUUUAAGAUAACAUUGUUCGUUAUGAGUCAAUUGAUCUUGAUUCUAGCAUGUCAAGUUUGGAGGAGCCCCUGGGUUUUGACAAAUUGCCGAGUAUGAGUACUAUUGAUUGGAUGCAGAGAUUCUCAUCUGGUGCUUGCAGGCCAAGAGAGGAUAACAUGGGCAUGGGCAACUCCUGGAUUGAAGGAAGAACUUGUAGCACAUCCAAUAGUUGCAGUGAAGAAUAUGAAGGGUCUGCUAGAGAGGCAUUUCCAUGGGUAAGACACACGAGAGACUUCUCGCAGGGUGACACUGUAAGUUGGAGGACUUCGAGCUUAGGCAUGAAUCCCACGAUUUUUGGAAAUGGUUGUGAUUCAUGGUAUGCUCCAGAUCAUCAAUAUAAUACCAAGUACAAUGAUAAAGCAAAGCAGGGUCUUUCAAACAAGUUUUUGAAAGGUAUCCCGAAGUUUGUGAAGAUAGUUGAAGUUGGUCCAAGGGAUGGACUACAAAAUGAGAAGAAUAUCGUACCUACAACUGUUAAGAUUGAAUUGAUUCACAGGCUAGUAUCUUCUGGCUUGCCUGUUGUUGAGGCUACAAGUUUUGUAUCACCAAAAUGGGUACCUCAGCUAGCAGAUGCAAAAGAUGUAAUACAAGCUGUUUGCAAUUUGGAGGGUGCUAGAUUGCCUGUAUUGACACCUAACUUAAAAGGCUUUAAAGCUGCCAUGGAAGCUGGUGCAAAGGAAAUUGCAGUUUUUGCAUCAGCAUCUGAGUCAUUUUCAAAGUCAAACAUUAAUUGCAGUAUUGAAGAAAGUCUUGAUCGUUAUCGUGUUGUUACUCGUGCUGCAAAAGAGCUCUCAGUUCCUGUUCGAGGGUAUGUGUCAUGUGUUCUCGGAUGUCCUGUUGAAGGAGAUAUUUCACCAUCUAGAGUCGCAUAUGUAGCAAAAGAACUUCAUGACAUGGGCUGCUUUGAAAUUUCUCUUGGUGACACAAUUGGAGUUGGAACACCCGGUUCUGUUGUUCCAAUGCUUGAGGCUGUAAUGGCUGUUGUUCCUAUUGAGAAGUUGGCUGUUCACUUUCAUGACACUUAUGGGCAAGCUCUGCCAAACAUUUUAUUGUCCCUUCAAAUGGGGAUCAGCACGGUGGAUUCCUCCAUAGCGGGUUUGGGUGGUUGUCCUUAUGCUAAAGGAGCUUCAGGGAAUGUUGCCACCGAGGACGUUGUUUACAUGCUCAAUGGACUUGGAGUGAAGACGAAUGUGGAUCUUCCAAAGCUCAUGAAGGCUGGGGAUUUCAUCAGCAAGCAGCUGAGUCGCCCAUCUGGUUCAAAGACUGCCAUUGCCUUUAGUCAAGUCACGGCUGAUGCCUCUAAGAUAUAAGAAAUUACAGGUAGAUAAGAUUAUUAUAUUUCGUUUUAUAGCGAGGAAAAAGAAAAAGGACUAUUUUACACUUGGACCAUGGCCUCAUAUUAAGAAUAAAUGAAGUCCACAUAUAUUGCUCCAGUAAUUAUUUCAUGAGGGAACGAACCUCCCCUGUAAAUGUAUGUGUACUUGAUCGGUUCAAUGUUAUGCAAAUGCUGCUUAUUUGCGUUUAAUUAGUUAGUUUCCAUGUUUAGUUAUGGUCAAAUUGACACACACAAGUAUGAUAUAUAUAGAAUGAUUUUUACUUAUAA